AUGUUUUACCUCACCUUUAAGCACAAUGAGACACCGAUUGUCAAAGCCAACAACCAGAAGCUCUCCUAUUUCCUACUAUUCUCUCUUCUCUUCUCCUUCCUUUCUGCUUUCCUUUUCAUUGGUCGGCCUACCAUAUUGACAUGUCUCCUUCGACAAGUUGCUUUUACCUUCAUAUUUUCAGUAGCAAUUUCUUGUGUGCUGGCCAAAACUAUCAUUGUAGUUCUUGCUUUCAUGGCCACCAAGCCAGGAUCUGGAAUAAGGAAAUGGGUAGGGAACAGAUUUUCUGCUUCUAUUGUCUUUUCUUGCUCCUUCCUUCAAGCUUCUCUUUGUGUCAUUUGGCUGUCAACCUCUGCCCCAUUUCCAGAUUUUGACCUGUAUUCCCUGCAUAAAGAAAUUAUACUGGAAUGUAAUGAAGGGUCAACUUACAUGUUUUAUUGUGUCUUGGGCUUCAUGAACAUUCUUGCCCUAGUCAGUUUCUUGGUGGCCUACCUAGCUAGGAACUUGCCUGACACCUUUAAUGAAGCCAAGUUCAUCACCUUCAGCAUGCUGAUCUUCUGCUGUGUGUGGUUGUCUUUUUUCCCAGCCUAUCUGAGCACCAAGGUCAAACAUAUGGUAGCUGUGGAAAUCUUCUCCAUUUUUGGCUCUAGUGCAGGAUUACUGGCUUGCAUUUUUUUACCCAAAUGUUAUAUUAUUAUACUACGGCCUGAACUAAAUAAAAGAGAACAGCUAGUAAGGCAGAAAUAA